AUGCCCAACCCUAUCAUGCUUGAAGUACUCCUCCCACGAGGAACGCGGCACACAUCCGCCGCUUAUAAGCUUCGCAGCAAAUAUUUUGAUCAAUGGAGCGUGCAUAAAGCAACGAGCUCAAUCGGAGGUACGAGCCAUGUUAGAUCCCAGUGGGCUAUUGAAGCAGACGCUACAACAAUUCAGGGACGUAAUAGAGGUUGUAUGGAUGGUAUACAUAGCCAUAGCGUGCUAUCCAACACAGAUGGAAAGAGUCGGGACAUCAUCGCAUUGGAGAUUCCCUAG